AUGGCGCGCGCCGAAGACAUCGAAGUCAGGAUGCUGCUGGUCGGGGCGGUCGCCCGGCCGUCAGACAAGCGACGAGCGCUGCGCGACAUCGACGCCACCGCCGUCCUCUGCAAGAUCGCGGGCGCCAUGGCCGAGAGCGGCUGCUCGCUCGACGAAAUCUUUCACCUGUGCCAGACUCUGGCUACUAACGACUUGACGACCGUCUCCACGAGCUUGGCGGCGCCCUCUCUCGCGGGCUUCGUCACCGGCGACAGUGACACGCACUACCGUUGCGCGAAGAAACAACACCCGAGUCUCUCGGCCAGUCCCGACGCCGUGCGGGCGGCGCUGAAUCCGUUCUUCGAAGACGCGUCGGAAGGUAACAGACGUAUCGAUCCGGAACACCAGGUCGUCGUCUUUAUCGACAAUGCGGGGAAGUCGCCCAAGCUGGAAGAGAAUCUCGUCGUGUGGGAGACCGUCAGCUGCCUGCGCGAGAAGGGCUACGAAGUACCGAGGGCGUACUGCAGCGCUUUUAUGACGUCCCCGGAAGACGCUACAUUUUUCGUAACUUUACUUCGGAUAUCAUUCACUUGCGUACUGAAGUACUUGGACGCGCCUACGACUGCCGUGAGUUGGCCUCGCCACCUCCAGUAUACUCCUGGAGGUGCAGAAAGUGUGACGGUCGAGCUGCCACUGACUGUGGAGCCCACUCUUUCCCAGGGUGACGAGGACGAGGACGUUCUUCCCGAACCGGAGUACGCUGUCACGGAUAAGUUUGCUUCGUGUGUGCUGCAGGUCAUUAAGUGCACUGUCAAGUCGCUGAUCGACUGUGAAAAACAGUUGAAUUUGUACGACGAGUUCGGAGGAGGGAGAGAUUGCGGAACGAAUGUGAGGAAGGUGUCGAAAGCUAUCGAGAGGGCAGUUACUAACGGAGAUCUCGACGGUCACAAUUUGUUCACAUUAUUUCGCGAUAUGAGCAAAAUUGUGGAAAGUGCACGGGCGGGUGUCUCUGGCCUUUUGUAUACUAUAUUCUUCGAGGCAGCUGCUAAGGCAUUCCGUGAUGUCGAAACACAAGAAGCCAUAAGUGAACACUUGUGGCUGCAAGCUCUGGUGCUUGGAACUGAGGGAUUGUUUCGUUGCACAAGCAGUCCAACUGCAAAUGGCACUAUGAUUGACGCCUUAUCAGCUGCAGUGAAAGAGUGGCGGCAGCAGCUGAUUCUAGAUGAAAAGUCCCCUUCUGACUGGGUCACAAGGCUAGCUGCAGUGGUGAAGGCUGCAGAAAAUGCCGCAUUGCGUACAGCGGAAUUACGACCUGAUACUGGCAUUUCAGUUAUUCCCGAUCCUGGUGCAUACACUGUUGGUGUGUGGCUUAGGACUUCCUAUGAAGUUAGUCAAAUGCUUUUCUGA